AUGGGUCUCGCAUGCGGUCAAGAUCCGGACAUUGUCAGGACAAUAUGCUCCUGGAUCAAACAAGCUGUAAAGAUUCCUUUCUUCCCUAAAAUGACUCCUAACAUCACCGAUAUUCGAGCAAUAGCUGCAGCAGCUAAAGAAGGCGGUGCGAGCGGAGUUACUGCCACAAAUACCGUGUCCGGCUUGAUGCACAUGAAAGCGGAUGGUACUUCUUGGCCAGCAGUUGGUGAAGAAAAAAGGACCACUUACGGUGGAAUGUCCGGCUCGGCAAUUCGUCCUAUAGCCCUCAAAGCAGUUUCAGCCAUAGCAAGAGAUUUGAAAGGCUUCCCUAUCAUGGCCACUGGUGGCAUAGAGAGUGCUGAGACUGGACUGGCAUUCCUCAACGCUGGAGCUUCAGUUUUACAAGUUUGCUCUGCUGUACAAAAUCAAGACUACACCGUUGUGGAAGACUACUGCACUGGCUUACGAGCACUUCUCUAUUUGAAAGCAGCUCAAUCUUUGCAAAGCUGGGAUGGACAAAGCCCGCCUGUCGAAAAACAUCAGAGGGGCAAACCUGUUCUCCUCAAAGAUUCAGUAAGGGAUCUUUCAGAUGAGCCAUCAGCACUGAUGAUUUGUUUACAGAGAAUACCGUUCUUUGGAAAUUACCGUGAUGAGCGUGAAAAACUCGAGAAAAGCACAUUCACCGCUCCUGUGUCGAUGACUGGGGAUUUCGCAUCUCGUCCAGACAUGCCUGUUGGAAAGAUUCCGACAGUUCACGUAUGUUUCGCCUUUUUUUGA